AUGUCUGUAAUCAAGUAUAAAAUUCAUCUGAUUUGCAGAUUCUUAAAUGAACAGCUUGAUAAAGAUGAAGUAGAUGUCUCUAUAUUUCAAGAAUCAGAAAAUAAUGUAUUAAUGGUCGAUGAUGAUGUAAAUGAUGAAGAACAAAAACUGCUUGAAUCCUUAAUUGAUGGAAAGAAAAAGGAAGAUCCAGGUUCGCCUAAGUUGAAAAAACAGAAAAUACUUUCUGAAUUAAAUGAAAUUGUUGGCACUAUUACAUCACAUGAGCAAUUGGAAGCAUUUAAAAAAUUAAUGGCCCCUGCACGUCCAACUCUUGCUGUUAUUGCAAAUCAGACUGUGUUCUUCAGCUCAAAGUUCUAUAGUCUUAACAUAUACUUAAAAGCCAUGGGCUUAGACAAGAAAGAUGAAGAAACAAAAGUUGCAAUUUUGUUAAACGACGCCGGUGAAGAGGCACAGAAGAAAUUUAGAACUUUUGAUAUAGACGAAGCUCAGAAUAAAGAUUUGUAG